CCUAAUUAUAUUCUGAUCGUAGUGAUUGGUUCAUUCAUGCCUAUAUAGCUACCGCGAGUUACAUCUGUCUGUUGUUCUCAUCGACCACAAGUCGACUACGAGCAUCGACGACGGACGGUCGACGAUGCUGCUCGUGCUCUUGGUGAACGCGUUAUGGCUUACAGCGCUGACGUCGUGUGGUGAAACGUUGAGGCCCGACAAGAUCAUACGACAUCCAAGAAACGUGACGGCCCGACAAGGCGACGUCGUCGAGUUCUCCUGCACAGCGGCUCGCAGCCCCGACGUGACCGACUCCCCUCUACUUAUCGUCUGGAAGCUAAACGACUCGUUUCUCGACCUCCAGGAUCCUGUCUUCAAUACGAGCGAGUCGCAUUCGCCAGACGGCUCGCAGACGACGGCGAUACUGCGCAUUGCGUCGGCCAAUCGAGCCCGAGACUCGGGAACAUAUCGCUGCUCGGCAGUGAGCUACGACACACGCGUCGUGGAUAGCCAUUCCGCUCGAUUGACUUUCGUGAGAGGUCUUCCCGCUGCGUUUGUCGAAGACCCGUCGGAUGCGACUGUAACGCCAGGAGCGACGGCAACGCUUCGGUGCCGCCCGCCCGUCAGUCUGUCGACGUCGACCGUUCGAUGGCAAAAGGACGGACACGAACUCGUCGCCAGCAACCGAAUUCGAUUUGUACCCAGCGCGGGACUGCACAGAUUGAGGAUUAAGAACGCGCAGGUUUCGGAUGCCGGAGUUUAUGUUUGUGUUGCAGCAUCAAGCUCCAGCAAAUCCGCUACCAUAUCGGUUCUAGAAGAUAUGGUCAGGACACCCACUGUGUCUAUGUGUCAACUGGUUGUCAGUCCGACGCGUGCAUUUGUGACCAAGGGUCGUUCGGUGUCGUUCAAGUGCAUGUCAGAGUGCUCGAGUAGUGUCGAGUGGUUCAGAGGCGACGAGAAGGUGCAUAGCAGCGUGAGAAUCAGCGUCAGUCAGGCAUCCGGUCUUCUGGAGUUUAGGAAGGUGGGCAAGGGGCAGGUGGGAAACUACACGUGCAGAGAUGUCAGCACGUCGAGAUCAGUCACCGUUCAACUAGCGACUACACGUAUUGGCUUGAUGAAGGGUGGAGGUGUUAAGACUGUUCCCGAUGGCGACGGUGUUAGUCUCGAGUGUUCUCCACCUAAGGGGUAUCCACAACCAACGGUCACAUGGUUGUACGAAGGACGAGAACUUUUGGCUAACAGUUUGCACAUUUUUAAGUAUACUCAGUACGAGGGAGGGCUGUUCAUCGACGCAUGCAUGAAGGAAGAUUCGGGGACAUACGAGUGCGUUGCAUCAAACGAGGCCGGCUCUCGGAAUAUUACGUGGAAGCUUAACGUUCACGAAUUUUCCGAUGACCCCCCAACAUCCGUAUUUUCAGGAACGGAGAUUUUAAGUUUAUUUGCGUACAAGCCGUACGAUGUCACCGUGGGAUUAUUCAACGCAUUCAAGUGGGAUUGUCAGAUUCAGCUGAAUCCCGUUUCUGUGACGUACACGUGGAUGCACGGAAGUCGUACAUACAGCAACGAUGUUUCCGGUCGUAUUCAGGCGUACUCUAAUGGAUCGUUGGUUAUCAAUGCGGUGAAACGAGAAGACAGUGGAUCGUGGACGUGUCGAGCCGACUUUGAGGAGGGAUUGACUUUUAAUGCUACAGCCAUCGUAUCCACACUCGAACCGACCGGUGCUGUGUCUUUAUGGUUCGAUCACGGCGGGAAGCCUCCAUCAAGACUUUACAUCGGUCGACGCCAAUCUCACAGCCUGCUGUGUAAGGCAUGGUCGGCGUAUCCUCCGGUUACCUUCACUUGGUUGAGGAACAAUGUCACGAUUAAGAGACUCGUGUCGACGACCGAAUCGGGAAGCAAUACGUUGACUAUUGUGAAUUUUGAGAAGUCGGACUCCGGAUUUUAUGUUUGUGAGGUUCGAGAUAGUACGAAUUCAACGAUUUACAGUCGAACGAGACUAAUUGUUUUUGAUCUGCCGGUUAUUACUGUUGUGUCUCAAGUUGUGACUGCUAACCAACGUGAGGAUAUCGAGUUGGCAUGCGAAGUGACAUCAGCAGAGGAUGUCGUUACGUGGACUUGGCGUGCGACUGGGUGGCCCGGUCUCCCUCAGUCUGCCGCUCGUCGCUUUGUUGACUAUGGUAAUGGCACUCUGUUGAUAAAGAAUGCCAAGACGUUUGAUACCAAUACAUACUGGUGUGUCGCAUCGAACGCGGGCGGAGACACCAUGAGGUCGGUUAACGUGACUGUCAACAGGGUCGUUAACAAAUCAAACGAAGUCGGCGGUGGUGGUCUCGACUUGGUACCGAUUGUGGUUGUUGUUGCAGUGUGUGGGGUCGUGUAUAUAGUACUGAUGGUGGCUCUCGGUGUAUGGUGUUAUCGAAGAUGCCAACGCAAAGGGGACACGAAACCGUGUCCAAGCAGCGACGUCGAGGUGGCUACACUUGAUGAUGUGCCCCUCAGCGAAUUCGAAAUAGGGCGGAGUCAGUUGGAAAGAGGGAGUAACAGCUUGGUCGGUUCCGGUUGGUAUUGGACGGUGUACAAGGCUGAGUUGAAGAGACAGAAGACAAAAGGUGACAAUUCUGUCACCGUUAGUGUGUUAGUGAAGGAGUUCCAUGAGAAGGGGUUCAGUCGAGAUAAAUUUAUGGCCGAUGUGAUGGCAGUAAAGAGUCUGCAGCAUGCAAGCGUGGCGAGGCUUGUUGGCGUUUGUACUUCCAGGCUUCAGCCGUAUUUGAUGGUGACAGAGAAUUUGGAUCAGGGUGACUUAAAGAAGUACUUGACAGAAAUACGUUUGUCAGAGGGGCAUCUCACAAUGUCUGAUCAAAGUUCGCUUCUACGGCAGGCAGCCGCUGGCUUUCAGUACUUGUCUGAUCGCAAUCGUAUUCACAAGGACGUAGCCACUAGGAAUUGUUUGGUGAGCAGACAUCUAUUGAUAAAGAUAUCAGACUUGUGUCUUUGUGUCGAUGGAUACGAGGACGACUAUGUGCUCGAGACGCCUGCUGUGUCUGGCCAGUAUCGCCCAUUGCGGUGGAUGUCUCCAGAAGCCGUUUUUAGAGAUGAAUUCACAAAGGAAAAUGAUGUCUGGUCGUUUGGUGUAUUCAUGUGGGAGGUCACUGUGUUAGCAAGACAGCCACACGAAGGACUGACAAAUGCCGAGGUGAUCACAGCCAUCGGGAAUGGUCGGGCUCUUGAAAAAUUGGACAGUUGCCCGGAUGAUCUGUAUGAGAUAAUGCAAAGUUGUUGGCUCAAGGAGCCGGUAGAUAGACCAACGUUUGAACUAAUAUGUGGUCUCUUAUAGAAUAGAAUAGAAUAGUGAUAUUGAUAGGUUGGCGUUGCUGUCAGAUUGCCUUGCCUUGCCCAUGACAGUUGAUUGAUACUGUAGCUUACAUUUCUAGUAUAUAUCGCUCAGUCUGAUGACUGUUAGUAUUAUAUCAUUUAUACAAAUUAUGAAACACUCGUUUAUGACUAG